AUGACCCUACUUGGACGUACGCACAAACGAUGGCGAUUAUGCGCGUACAUGACCACGAUCUCGGCGCUGGUCCUGGCCAUCUUUGUGCUUUUUCGCCAUGACAACAGCAGACAGCAUGUGCUCUCACGAAGGCCUGACAUGGCCGAGUUGCUCGCUGACUACGCCGAGGCCCAUGAGGAUGUGAAGCGAGACGAGGUCAAUGCGCUAUGUCGAUUCCAUGGCUUUAGACCCUAUGGACAACCACGUAAGGUGUACGAUUUGAUUGCAUUCACAUCGAGUCUGGACUGGCUCGAGAUCAGGUUGAACACUCUGGCGGCACAUGUGGACUACUUUGUGAUUGCUGAAUCAUCGAUAACCAAUGUCAGUGCUGGUGGACUAGCUUUGUCACAGAACUGGGAUCGAUUCAGAGCAUUUCAUGACAAGAUCAUGUAUCGAGCUGUCAACAUCUCACCUGCUCGAGUCGAUGCUACGGAUUACAUGAACAACCUACAGCAUGCGGUCUUCACGGAAGUGCUAGCGUCAUCGGUCAGCACAGACAAAAAGCCCAACCCGGGCGAUGUCUUAAUCGUAGGCGACAUGCACGAACUUCCACGACCAGGAACAAUCUCGAUCUUACGCCACUGCGACCCUCCCAGUAGAACAACGCUCGCCAGCCAAUCUUUCCUGUACUCCUUCGCCCUCCAUCGCACUGGCUUUUCAUGGCUAUAUCCGCAAGCCACGACCUUUGGAUCGUCUUUGAGAAAUACUAUCUUGCCCAGUGAUCUACGAAGAGGACUACUGCCCUGGUCUUUGCGCGUUCGGGACAUUGUGUAUCUGCCAUAUCACGCAGCACGGCGAUGGUGGGAUAGAGCUGUGAUCUUGGAUGCGGCGUGGAAUUGUAGCUUGUGUCAUGGGACGAUUGAGGAGGUGCAGAGGGAGAUGCAGGAUCUUGGAGCUCUUGACGCUGCGGGGAAUGUGAGUGUGAUUGUGGAUCACGUUCACGCGAGUCAAGAUCUUUCGGCAGGCGAGGACAGACUCCUGAGGCUGGUUGAGCAGAAAUGGAUGGAUCUGCCAGAGUAUGUCUGGGAGCAGUGGAAGGAGCAUGGCAGGUUUGGGUAUCUGGUUGAUCGAAGUGGACCUGGGGCUGGAUUUGGUGAUAUCCCGGAGACCUUUGUGGGCACAUGA